UUGGUGUUGGACAUCACCAGCUUAUAAACCUGGUUUAAAUCACUUUCUUAAUUGUGCUCCUGGUGUUUUAGUUAAUGUUUUGUAUCUUAGCACACUCAGACCCACUUUUUUUCUUCUUUUUCAAUAAAACGGUACUCCAAGAAGUGGAGGAAUCUCUUAUCAACCAACCAACCAACUUGCCCCCCUCCCCUCCUUCAUGAAGAAAGAAAAGAAGAGAAAUACUUCCCGGAUGCAGAGCAUUGUACAUAUUGUAAUUGAUUUAUGACAAAAUCUUCACAAAGGGACAACAGACGUUGUCCAUCGAUCAAGAUCGCUGCUGUAAGGUGCCCUGUGUCGCCGUUUACUUGCCUUUUGUGGAAAACACGAUGGAGAAAUGGGGAGGACGGGUGGCCUUGGUAACAGGAGCCUCCAUGGGAGCGGGGAGGGCCAUUGCCAAACUUCUGGCGACGAAUGGAAUGCGCGUGGCGGCCUGCGCUAGGAGUCUAGAGAAUCUACAGACCCUAGCCACUGAGUGCAUGGCACUACCUGGCAGCAUUAUCCCUAUUAAAUGUGAUCUGAGGAUCCGUGAGGAUAUUGAGACGAUGUUUUGUGUUAUAAAAGAAAAACUGAUGGGCGUUGACGUUUGCAUCAAUAACGCCGGCCUCGCUUUGGAUGCACCAAUCAUUGAUGGGGGUUACGACGCCUGGGAGGAAAUGUGGCAUGUAAACGUGAGGGCAGUUUGUAUAUGUACACAUUUGUCUGUAAAAUCAAUGUUGGAUCGCGGAGUUGAUGACGGACAUAUCAUUAACAUCAACAGCUGCAGCUCUCGAGAGGGGUGGGGUCCCAGAGAGCUACAUCCAACAUGCCUAAGGCUUAUGCAAUAUGUGUCCACACCCAUACUACCUUUUCGAUACAGUACAUAUACAACACAAUAUCAAAAUAACUGUUAUGUUGAUUAUACAGUCCGACACUUUUUUUUGCAUCGGAGACGUUACGUGAUCAGUUCCUUCUUUUACACGUUAUCAGUUUACGACUCAUAUUUUUCUGUGUUAAAAUAUCUAAGUUACCUCUUCAGUUCUAUUCCAAUAAUCCUUCAAUGUUUGGGGGCUUGUGUAGAUCAUUUGUUAGCGCGGGUGUCUUCAAAUCACUUGGUCAUGGCACGGAAAAUUUUCGAUUUCUGUGAUGAAGCUGUUGUCUUUUUCGGUAUUUGUACUCCUUCACUAUAUAGACUGUGCGGAAACGGUAGAAUAUCAAUUAUACAGUCCAUUGGUGGAUCUGGAAGGGGAGGGGGUUGCAACCAAUCACCCUUUCGGUUGAUCAUUAUUAACAAGAAAUUGUAAUUUGUGGUCCACAAAUCUCCCUUUUAAGGGCGGAAAAGGUACAAACUUAGUGGCAACACCCCCUCCCUCGAAUAUUUUGUAGACUCGGACCAUCAGUCUGAUUAGAAUCGCCCCCUUUUGAUAGAGAAACUAUCUGAAAGUAUUAUAAUGUCUGUAAUUUGACACAACUGCACUGGGAUGCCAGUAUGGCGCGUCAAAUGAACAUAAUGCAAAUAAUUGAAGAUAUUAAUCAUUUGAAGAUAUCAUUAAUUGAAUUAUUGCGCGCAACAAUUCAAUAGAUGCGGGUAUAGAAUCAAUUAUUGCUCUCAUCAAUUGCAUUGAUGCGCACAUCAAUUAAAUUAUUGUGCGCAAUAAUUGAUUUGAUGCGCGCAUCAAUUGAAAUAUUGCGCACAAUAAGUGUUUUGAUGCGCGAAUCAUUCAGUUAUUGUUCUCAUUAAAUGAAUUGAUGCGCGCAUCAAUGUGGUGGAUUUUUUCCUCGCAAAAUUUAAUUUGGUGCUCAGUUUUAAAGAUUUGAUGAUCUCCUUCAUUCAAUUAGAAAAAUAUCUUUAUUAUUUACAACGAAUUUGCAUGAAGAGUUAAAGCGCGCAUCAAUUCUUUUAAAAGGAUCAACAAUUCAAUCAAAGGAGAACAUUAAUUCAACUGUGGAAAUGAAGAUAAUUCUAAUUAAAGAAUUGCUCUCUCUCUAAGAAUUAUUGCGCGCAUCAAUGGAAUUAAUGAUAUCUUUAAUUUAAUUGAAGAGGGUAAUGAUUCAAUCAUGUCGCGCAUUAAUUGAAUCAUUGUUCUCUUCAAUUGAAUUAUAACGCACAUCAAUUCAGUUGUUGAUAUCAUCAAUUCAUUUGAAGGAAGCAACAAUUCAAUGAUGUCGCGCAUCAAUUUAGCAGAAUAUUUAAUGAUAUCAACAAUUCAAUUAAUGCGCGCAAUAAUUUAAAUUGCAACGUCCUUCUCGAGAAUUUUCACUCAUAUGGAGACCUCACCAUUGCCGGUGAAGAGCUGCAAAAUCUAAACGUACGUUCGGCGCUUACGGCCUUUGAGCAGGUAGAGAUAUUUGUCGUGCCCCAUCUGCUGUGACACGGGACUUCGAUUUUAGCGAUCUCAUCCGAAGGACCGCCCCAUUUAGUCGCCUUCUACAACAACCAAAGGGUACUGAGGACUUAUUCUAACCCGGAUCCCCACGGGAAAUUUAGAUUUGAAUAUAACAAUAAUGAAUUGAAUUGUUGCGCGCAUUAAACGAAAUGAUAUCCUCAAAUGAUAAAAGAUAUCUUCAAUUAUUCGAGUGUAUGUUAAUUUGGUGCUCCAUAUGCCAGUGCAACAUACUCGACAUCAUUGUGCACUGUCCAUAGCGUCAGAAACGUAAUUUCAUAGAUACAUGUACAUAAAAGACAUGGUCUGGCAU